AGGAGUGUGUCACAGUGUCUUGUGUGGACCGAUGGCUCAUCCAAGUGCACCAAGGGACAGAUCAGCAGCAGCAGCAGCAGCAGCAGCACCAGCACGAUGCUGCCUAUCUUCUGUCGUCACCAUCCUGGUGGUUUGCCUGAGUGUGCUAGCGAAUGCCGUCACCUGUUCGUCCUCAUUUGGCCCUUCAUUAUUCACGUAAGUAAGGCGGCGAGAUGCACUGCACUCACUGCAAAGGGACCGGUACGUAGGACCUUCAUGCGCUGGUCGGUCUGUCGACUCAGAUCCCUCCCAGCAGCGUUUGUCAGCGGUCCUCGCCUGUUGCCCUUGGCCUUGCACAGGCAUCGUCCGUCGUCUUAUCAUCGUUCGCCCGUGAGGAUGAGCAGCAGCCCUCGGUCCGGUGGUGUGGACAGUGUGGCGCCGCAGACCACACCCACCAGCAGCCAGAGCACCACCAGCAGCGGCAGCAGCCAGAGCAGCAGCAGCCAGAGCAGCAGCAGCAGCGACUCUGUUCAUGCACCGCACAGUCAUGUGUCGACUGGGAGGGAGGGGAUUGAGGAAGGGACAGAUGAGCAGGCCAACCCGAUACUGGAGGUGAGCUGAGUGUGUGUGGUCAGGGAGGAGGGCCAUUCGUGUGUGUGUGUGUGUGUGUGGAUGCAGCGUCUUCGCCAAAGGCGAGCCGACGGGGCGGCCAAUGACUUCUCGCCCCUGGAGGACUGGGCUAUACUGGUAAUCAUCAGCUGAGCAGCUCCCACGCACACACCCUCCCUCCCUCCCAUGUGUGUGUUCUUGUUUGUGUGGGUGCGUCAAAUAAAUCAGGACAAUGUUGAGAAGUACCUGACAUUGGACGGGCAGUCCGUGGCGUGGCGGCGGAUGGCGCAGGACGUCGAGGACUUCCAGGUGGCGAAGCGGAGGCCUAUCGAGCUCAGGGACAGGUGGACCCAGGUACUGACGCAAACACCGCCUCGUGUGCUGUGUGUGCCUGUGUAUUGACAUUGUCUGUUCUGUGUGUCUUCCCCCCCCAGUUGGUGCGUGAUCCGUCAGCGUUGGGCGACCGGCCAGAGUCUCCGGAGGUCAACCCAUUCAAGAAGAGCAAGACCCCAAAAGUCGCCGAACCACUCUCGCCAAGGGUCAGUCAGUCACAAUAUCUACCAGUCACCCAACCUAUACACCAGGCUGGCUGGCAGACAUGUGUGUUGACUGCACGUGUGUAUGCAUUUUGCCUGGCUGCAGGACGAGAAGGACCUGCAGAACCUCUCCACCAUCCACCCAGUGAGUGAGUUGUGGGCCAACACAGUAGACACACACACACUCACACACACCCACACCUACGUGUUUGUCGACACAUCAAUCCACACAGAUACUGGAGGAGUGGGAGGAGCUGCCCGACGGCCGCUACCAGGGCCUGCUCGUGGGGGAGCGGGGCGUCGACAUCGGAUCCAACAUCGCCACUGAGUUCGUGCCGCAGGAACACCGGACUCUCUACUACAUCAAAACCAUAUCAGGUGCGCUGCCACACCGAGUCGCCCUUGACAAGCCGGCAAUGAGUGUGUGUGUGUGUGUGUGUGGUUGUAGGUAAGAUAUACGAGUUGGGCAUGAGCCGCGCGGAGGCCCGCCUGAUGGACGAGGAAGAUGCAAUCACAUUCGUGGAGCUCUUCCAGAUGCUCAAGCAGAGACCCCUCGUGGUCCGUCAGUCAGUCCUGAAACCACAUACACACCCCUGCCUCUCAUCGAUGUCUGUCUGAAUGGCAUGGAUGCAGGCGGCGGGCAUAGCGACGGCCGGCGCCGUGAUCAUCGGGCUGCAAGUCUUCUUGGCCUCACUCUCUGUGCCCCCCUCAAUCGUGACGACCGACCCAUCCAUCCCCACCCUGCCCUCCGACCUCCAGCCGACAGACUCGCCCUCGUCGCCACAGCAACUGGGGGGUGGCGGCUCUGGGGCCACGGCCAAGCGGCUGACGCUGACGAUUCCUCGAAAUGGCGGGCCGAGGAUCACCAUGGAGGAGGGUGAGGCGCCGGUUGAGGGGGAGGAUGUGUCUCUGUUUUCGAUAGAGACGCUACUCAUCCGACCUGACAGCAACAAAGAGGUGAAGAAAGAGGUCUUCCCCCCAUGUAUCCGAUGCACGUGUAUGUGUGUGUCGUGUCGGUGUGCAGGGUGGAGGCUUAGGCUUGCUGCCGGAUGACACGUUCGGUUCCCGCAUCCGUGAGAAGAUCCGUUCUGACGCGCAGCGGUUUGAGGAGCAGAUGGGCCGUGAGAGGGCGCGGAUCGAGGCUGACAUGGAGGAAAUGAGGAAGGCACUCAUGUGACCGACUCAUGUGACUGAUGUGACUGACGACCACGUGUGGCGUACUUACAAACAGGCAGGCCGGCAGAUAGAGAGCGAGAGGUUUUUCUGUGUGGAAAAGGUGCAUGCCACUGCAUGCCUCUGUGUGGUGUGGUGUGAUCUAGCGAGAGAGAGGGAGAGAGAGAGAGAGAGAGAGAGAGAGAAUAGGACGAAUAGAGAGUAAGGCGGAGUGAGUGG